CGCUCGCGUUUCCGUGGUCACCGUGAGAUCGGUUCGCCGUCGGUUUCCUGCUGCAGCAAGAAGAGCGGCGUCGAGACGAACUGGGAAGACUCAACACCACCAUCUCCAAUAACUACUGUACAAUGAAACUAAUAGCAAUAUCUCCCUCUCUUGAUAUCCGCUUCGUCACGGUUGUACUGCUGGUGAUGGGCCUCUCUACCCCCGGACAAGCAGAAAUCACCAGUCUGGAUUCAGGCAACAUCGAUGACGUUCUAAAUAAUGCUGGGGUGGCAUUAGUCAAUUUUUACGCCGACUGGUGCAGGUUCAGUCAGAUGCUGCAUCCAAUUUUUGAGGAGUCCUCGAACUUAGUGAGGGAGGAGUUCCCUGAAACCAAGCAGGUGGUGUUUGCCCGUGUGGACUGUGACCAACAUUCGGACAUAGCCCAGCGGUACCGCAUCACCAAGUAUCCAACGUUGAAGUUGUUCCGCAAUGGAAUGAUGAUGAAGAGGGAGUACAGGGGUCAGAGGUCGGUGGCGGCCAUUGCUGACUUCAUUCGCCAACAGCAGGUCGACCCCGUGAAAGAGAUGCACUCAAUGGAGGAGGUUAAUACUCUGGAUAGGGGCAAGAGAAACAUUAUAGGUUACUUUGAAAGUCGGGACUCGGAUAACUACCACUCAUAUGAAAAAGUUGCCAACAUCCUUCGAGAUGACUGCACAUUCUUGGCUGCCUUUGGAGCCAUAUCUGAGGCAGAGCGCUUCAGUGGAGACAAUGUCAUCUACAAACCUAUGGGGGAGAGCGUCCCUGACAUGAUCUACCUCGGCUCACUCACCAACUUCGACCUGACCUACGCUUGGGCCCAGGACAAGUGUGUGCCUCUGGUCAGGGAGAUCACCUUUGAAAAUGGAGAGGAGCUGACUGAAGAAGGAAUCCCUUUCCUCAUCUUGUUUCAUGUUAAAGAAGACACAGAAAGCUUAGAGAAGUUCCAACAGGAAGUGGCCCGCCAGCUCAUCAGUGAGAAAGGGUCUAUAAACUUCCUACACGCCGACUGUGAGAAGUUCCGCCAUCCUCUGCUCCAUAUCCAGAAAACUCCUUCUGACUGUCCCGUCAUCGCUAUAGACUCAUUCAGACACAUGUAUGUCUUUCCUGAUUUCAAAGACCUCAAUAUUCCUGGCAAGCUGAGACAGUUUGUCUUGGACCUUCACUCUGGAAAGCUUCACCGAGAGUUUCACCACGGUCCUGACCCCACGGACAGCACGCCUGGACAGGAGGAGACGGGAGGAGAAGUGGCCAGCAGCCCUCCAGAGAGCUCGUUCCAGAAGCUGGCACCCAGCGAGACUCGCUACACCAUCCUCAGACGGGAACGUGACGAGCUGUGACCUCAACAGCCUUCCAGUGAUCCUGUGACUCAAUGCCACGCCCCAGGGUCAGGGAGGGGGUUAGGGUUGGGACAGGCCAGCGGGACAGAACAGCAACACCCAACACCCUUACUGAAGAGAGAGAGAUAGAGGAGGAGAAUGAAGAAGAACAGGAGGUCCAGUCCACGACACAACCAUGAUGGAAUAACCUAUAUUUUCAUAACUCUUUCACGUACAAUUUUUAUUUUGGAUCAAAAGGAAGGGGGGUAACGACGAAAAAAAGUGUGUGGGCAGGGAUAGGGGCAUUAGGACAACAAGAGAAGUGUUUUUACUUUAUUUUUUGGAGCUUGUAAAUAUGUUUGUGCUACAUGGGAGUCUCAUUGUUGGUCUAAAUUAAAUGCAGAGUUUUCUUUAUUUUAUUCCUUUCUUCUACAUCACCUGGCUUUUUGUAGGAAAAAAAAAAACACCAGAACAGUUCCCUCACUCCAGUUGUACGGUUCUUAUCUGUGGGUAGUCCAGGUUAGCCUGAUAGGAGACGCUUGUUUAGUCUCACUGACCUCAUGGCUGCAUCUCAAUAUGACCAACUCUAGUCUAAUUCAUUUGUAUAGCACAAGUUAUAACAAUAUGCCUGUUUUGAAGUAGCUUUAUCUCCAUAUCUUCUCCAAAGUUCUGAAGGAAUAGACAGAAUAACAUUUUUAAAGGGGUAGUAGGGGUAACAUAAUUUCAAACCAUGACUAGAGACUGAAGAUAAAGACACAGAGCUACUCCAGCCUAUUGAGAUGCACCCCUUGUCUCCCUGGUACUGAAUGGUUAUAGAUUAUGAUGUCUCUUACAGUGCUUAGAAAAGGUAUUGCCCCCUCAGAUCUUUUUAUGUGUCACUGAAUUACAGUGGAUGUAUUGAGGAUUUAAAUGUUAUCAGCAGAAAAUUCUGUUUAAGUGAAAGAGAAUUCUGGCCCGCAUACUAAAUUCUGUGUUUAGUACAAGCCUAAAACUACACAAUACCAAAAACACAACAUCCCUGUCAUGAAGCCUGGUGGUGGCAGCAUCAUGCUGUGUGUGGACAGCUUGUAUCAAAAGAAGUACAGAGAAAUCCCGGUGACAACACAGAACUAUAAAUGUAUGUUUUACAGCAAGACAACCCCAAACAUAAAGCCAAAUCUGCGCAGGAUUUCAGAGAAGAAUGUAAAAGAAUCAGUGUCCACAUGUGUAAAUGUGUUACAGGCCUGUUGAAGUAGACCUUUAAGGCUGUAACUGUUGCCAAAGGUGCCUAAAUAAUUAAGUUUUGUCUUAAAGGACAUGAAUACUUAUGCAAUCAGGAAUUUUGUUAAUUUUUUACCCAAGAAAUCUGAACGCCUUAUUUUUGUGUUCCGUCUUAAAAUGCUGAUUACCUCCACUACUGUAGAACAUUAAAAGUCAAAGGGGGCUGGAUACCUUUUUAAAGGCACAGUAUUUGCCAUAACACCUCUGAGU